CCAGAAGACACAUUACAUUCUUAACCUUUCACCUAACCUUUUGGCACUAUAAAUACCACCACCUCCCCCCUCUCCUCCGCCAUCCUCACAUCGGCAACUCUCAUUGCCAUUCACAAGUUCCUUUGACCUUCCAAUAGGCAAGCGGCAACAGUGAAAUCUCAAGCCGAGUAGAGAAGAAAAUGAAGCCGUUCUUUGCAGUUCUUUUGCUGGUCUGUCUUGUUCUUACAUCCUCUUUCUUUGAGCUUACGAUGGCUGGUUCAGAAUUCUGUGACUCGAAGUGUGAGGCGAGAUGUGCAAAGGCCGGAGUUAAAGAUCGGUGCUUGAAGUACUGUGGAAUAUGCUGUGAAAAGUGCAAUUGUGUGCCCUCUGGUACUUAUGGGAACAAGGACGAGUGCCCUUGUUACAGGGACAUGAAGAACUCCAAGGGCAAGCCCAAGUGCCCUUAAAAUUAUUAUUAUGGACCUGUAAUUGCAUAAAAUAAUAUUAAUUCAUAUGGUUUAUAAUUUAUUACUUGGUUGUUGUAGAGAAUAUUAAAAAUAAGUUGGGAUAUUGUUUUUUUUUUUUAAAAAAAAUCCAAGUUGGGAUAUCAAAGAAAUUCAUAAAAUGAUAAGGAUACGUGUGGGCUGUUUUGCAAUUGCGUAAAGCAAAUAUGGAUUGGCUUUUGUUUC